CACUCAGCGCAGCAUCGCGAGGAGCCCGACGUGUUGGAAAGGGCAGUAAAGUAAUUUUCUGCCUGUUGGGUGGAUGUGAAUAGGCAAAAAGACAGACAAAGCCAAAAACUGAGUAACAAUUCAGAGCAAAAAAUGCAAGAUAAGACAAUGCAUUCAGCAAUCAGCUCUUCAGUUCCUGCAUUCUUAGCCAAGCUUUGGGCUAUGGUGAAUGAAGAAAGCACUGAUUCAGUUAUUGGAUGGACAGAGGACCAGAAGUCUUUCUACAUCCGAAACCAGUCUGUUUUCUCAAUGGAACUCCUUCCUGUCUAUUACAAGCACAACAACAUGGCAAGCUUUGUGAGACAGCUCAACAUGUACGGCUUCAGGAAGGUGCUGUCUCCGACGGCUGGCUCGCUGCGUAACGAGUCCGACGAGAUGAUCUUCGCACACUCCGACUUCGUCAAGGACGAGCCGUGGGGCCUGGACAACAUCAAGCGGAAGAUCCCACUGCACAAGGACGGCAAGCUGGCGACGAACAGCACCGAGCUGCUGUCGCGGCUGUACGGAGAGGUGAAGACGAUGAAGGGCAAGCAGGACUCUUUGGACAGCCACCUGAACAAGAUGAAGCGCGAGAACGAGUCGCUGUGGCGCGAGGUGCUCGUAUUGCGCCAGAAGCACGCCAAACAACAGCAGAUCGUCAACAAGCUGAUCCAGUUCCUGGUGUCGUUCGUGCAGCCGGGCCGCGGCUCGGCCGGCAUGGGCCUCAAGCGCAAGCAGCUGCCGAUGCUGGAGGACACGCUGCAGGGCGAGCCGAGCGCCAAGACGCCGCGGCUCAGCCGCACCUUCUCGCUCGACGACUCGAGUGCCCACCUCGAUAGCAGACGGUCGACGGCCAACUCGCCGGGCGGCCCGGUCAUCCACGAGGUCACGGACCAGGUGUUCUCGCCGUCCGACGACGUGGUGGUGGCGUCCUCACAGCUGCCCAUGGACUUCAUGGCCUCCCCCGAGCGGCCGUCCACCGUCGACUGGUCGCCGGUGGCCGAGCAGCUGGCCGCCAGCCCGGGCCCCAGCAAAGUGGCCGACCCAGCGGCGCUGCAGCAGCAACAG